GCGAAAAAAAUAUAUUUAUAAAAUAAUUUUAGUUGUUAUUUUCACGGAAAAUGAUAAAUACACCUCUAAGGAUGUGCAUUUCAGUUUCAAAGUUUCGAUAACAGUUGGUGCCAUCAACAUAUGACACACAGCGUCGCUAUUGACCACCAAAAAACACGUCUUUGUGACGCAACAAUCACCAGACAGUUGCGGAAAGAACAAAACGGCCAUUAUUGGACGGCUCCUUUUUCUAGAAUAGCAGGGUUGUAAAAUUAUCGCGCGUCAAAGCAUUUUCAGGCAGUAACGCUGUUGUGAAACCGAUAUAUAAACUGUGAUAAACAGACGACCAUUUUAAUUCCGAAAAAAAGGGAGCAAUGAUCAUGGAUUUAAAAUUUCGCGACCGGCUUUGGAGGAGGUAUGUCUCGCCACUGAUUUUCUUAUGUGCAGUUUUCUCUGCUACAUCUGCCGUUAUGCACUAUUCAGUUCCCGAAGAAAUGGAGCAGGGAUCUGUUGUUGCUAAUCUAGCACUGGAUUUGGGUCUGGGCGAUGCAAAAGCACUUGGUCAUCGUAAAAUGAGACUGGAUGUCAUCGCUAAUAGGAGAUAUCUUGAAAUCAACAAAGAAACGGGGGAGCUAUUCGUUGCUGAAAAGAUUGACAGGGAACAGCUAUGCAACAGCAAGAAUCCAUCGUGUUUUCUGAAAAUGGAUGUAACAAUUGAAAAUCCGAUUCGACUGUUUAACAUUGAGGUUGAAAUAACGGACAUCAACGACAAUGCCCCUCAUUUUCGCAGAGAUACAAUGCAUUUGGACAUAUCGGAGUCAACAUCGUCGGGGGAGCGCUUUUCACUAACCAAUGCUAUAGAUCCCGAUUUUGGAUCGAACUCAGUAAAAACAUAUCAUCUUAGUGAAAGUGAAUAUUUUGACAUUGAGAUUCAGACCGGUAGAGAUGGCUCAAAGUUUGCUGAUCUGAUUCUGAAAAAAGCUUUAGACAGAGAGCAGCAGGCUGUUCAUAAUCUAAUACUGACUGCUGUGGACGGGGGCGCGCCCACGCGCACAGGUACGGCCAGCAUCAUUGUUCGCGUGCUUGAUGUCAACGACAACGCCCCUUCAUUUAAUAAAGACAAAUACACUGUAGAUGUGAUGGAAAACUCCCCGAUUGGCAGUCUAAUAAUAAAACUGAACGCCACUGAUUUAGAUGAAGGGUCCAAUUCUGAAAUAGUUUAUUCAUAUAGUUUAUAUACAUCAGAGAGAACACAACAGAUGUUUAACUUGAAUCCAGAAAAUGGUGAAAUCAGAGUGAAAGAGAUGAUAAAUUAUGAAGAUGUUAAACUUUAUGAAAUGGAGGUUAUAGCCAGCGAUAAGGGGCCUAACUCCUUAUCUGGACAGUGUAAACUGACAAUACAGGUGACAGAUAUGAAUGAUAAUCAUCCAGAAAUAUCCAUCAAAUCAUUUCAGAGUCCUAUAAAAGAAAACGAACCGAUAGACACAGUGAUAGCAGUAGUUAGUGUCAGUGAUAAAGACUCAGGUGACAAUGGAGUGGUUGAUCUUCAUAUUCCAGAUAAUAUGCCUUUCAAACUGAGGGAAUCCUCUGAUAACUAUUAUGAAUUAGUAGUGUCAGAGCCAUUAGACCGCGAGAAGGUCCCGGAAUAUGACGUCACUUUCACGGUGACAGACAGAGGUUCUCCUCCUUUAUCUGACAAUGAAACUAUGACGUUAGAGCUGCUGGAUGUUAAUGACAAUGUUCCACAGUUCCCUCAGUCAUUUUAUACUAUCCGUGUGAUGGAGAAUAACGCACCUGGAGCCUUGCUCAGUUCACUCACUGCGUUUGACCCUGACCUCCAUGAAAACCAGUAUCUAGUUUAUUUCAUCCUAGAGAAGGAGAUAGCCAACACCUCCAUGUCCAUGCUGUUCUCCAUCAAUCCAGAGAACGGCAAUCUUUACGCACUGAAAACUUUUGACUAUGAGAUCGAGAAGGAGUUUCUUUUCCACAUCGAGGCCAGAGACUCUGGCUCUCCUCCACUCAGCAGCAACGUCACGGUCCACAUCAUUAUUGUGGACCAGAACGACAACGCUCCGGUCAUUGUGUCUCCGUGGCGCGCGCACGGCUCGGUGGUGGAGGAAAAGAUCCCCAGAUCCACUGAUAAAGGCUCUCUGGUUGCCAAGGUGAUAGCCUUGGACACCGACUCGGUGCACAACUCUCGGAUUACCUACCAGUUUCUACAGGUGACUGACGCCACCUUGUUCAGUCUGGACCAAUACAACGGAGAGAUCCGGACUAUGAGGAUGUUCAGUUACAGAGAUCCGCGUCACCAGAGACUGGUCGUUGUUGCCAAGGACAACGGGGAGCCUGCUCUCUCUGCUACAGUCACCAUCAAGCUGUCCACGAUGGAGACUGCCGUUAAGGCCUACUCUGACAUGACUGAGGUGCCUCUGGAAUAUGACAUCUUCUCAGACCUCAACCUGUAUUUGGUCAUCGGUCUGGGCUCGGUGUCAUUUCUCCUGCUCAUCACCAUAUUGGUCACCAUCGUGCUCAAGUGUCAGAAACCCAAGCCCAGCAAAGCGGCUCCUCCCUGCAGGAACAGUGUGAUCAGUGAGAGGAACUCCACCAUCGCAGAUUCCACUCUGGUCUCCAACGAUGCCUACUGGUACAGUCUGUUUCUAGCAGAGACCAGGAAAGGAAAGCUGGUGGUUAGACAGCCUGUGCCAAAGGGCUCCAGAUACAUCGUGUCCAGUAUACCGAGAGGGACAGGACUCACAGACACUAGUGACUCAGCACCAUCCACUCUGCAGUACCCUAAAUGAGGGAAGUCCACUCGGCAGCUGGAGGCAUCCACCACCAGCAGCGGCGGCAGUAGUUCCACAUAAGGCCAAACCUCCAGCUGCAUACUGCACUGACUUGACGCUGACAGGAAAGCUUCACGGAGGAAAGGAGAAACCCCUGCCCGUAAAACGCCCCCACAUCCACCCUGCUCAGUCUGAUCCUCACCGUGUAUGUAACGCUUUAACACUAAAUGGACUAAAGUGGAUAGUUAAGGACACAGCCCUCCCCCUCUCUUCCUUUAAGCACAUAAAAAGCCAAUCAACAAUGCCUCUCUGUCCAUUCAGUGUGCAUGACAAGACUGCAUGGCUUCAACCACAUGCCAAGACCUUUCAUACAAAAAAAGAAACAUUCAAGAGGAGAUACUUACAAAGAAGCAGACUGUAUGAAAAACUGCACCUGUGGACAUUUCAAGAAGCCUCAGCAAGGACGACCUGGAGUGGACAUGGGAAUAUUGAAAUGCCUUUGAGAGACAGUUUUCCCUCUCUAAAAAUGAAACACAUGUUGGAUAUUACAUUGUUAACAUCUGUGCUUUGUCUUACUCUAUAACAGCAUUGAUGUAUUAUAUAAGUUAGCCAAGAAGUGAAACAGCACAAUUUACUAAAUGUCAAAAAAAAGCACCAACCUGCGCUUUUUUAAAAGUAUGAAACAGAGGGAAUCAGUAUUUUAUAUGUGGUAGCUUUUAGCUGUUUUAUGUUUCGUAUUGACUUUGUGCUUUAUGUGUGAUCUAGGCCUAAAUAUGACUGAGAGUGCUGAGAGAUUAGGUUAAGUUAACCAGUACAUUAACAGAUAGAAGCGGGGCCUUCAGCCAUCAUGUAUCUGCCUUUCAUUUGUGUUUGCAUGGGAUAAUCUGAGUGCUUUGAUAGCUUUAGGUGUUUUAUGAUAUUGAGCAAUCCAUUUUCUGUAGCCAAGCCUCACUAUUGUGUUUUUCAAAACAAGGUGGAAUAAUAUAUUUUACUGAGGCAACAAUGAGGAAGUACAACAGCAUUAUACUAUUGUUUCUAUUAAGUGUACCUUCAGCUUAAACUUAAGUGUACAGUGUGCUUGAAUGUUACUUGGAGGGAGGAUAUUACUGGAGGAUAUGAGUUUGGGUGAUUGAAGUGAACACAAUGAACAAAGUGAGUCUUUGAGAAGGGAUUGAUUGAUAUCUCCUCAUGAUAACUGUAUAUACACGUAUACAACUUUCACUUUUUUAUUUUCAAAGCCAAAUUCUGGAUGCUCCCAAACUCAGCGUAUUCAGAUUGUGUACCAAGUUCAAAACUCACUUAAUGACUUAAUGUUUACUUUAUUGUCGACUGUUGGUUUUACCCAAUGGAAGCUGUGCUCAUGUGUAUUACUGACUACUGUACUUAUCAGCAACACAUAAAUGGGGAUAUAGAUAUGACUGAUACGUAUAUAUAUAUCUUAAUCUAUAAGUAUGCCUUUCUUUUUCAGUACCGGUGCUGAACUUCUUAAGGUGAACAAAAACAUGUGCCAUCAGAUUUAUAGGCCAAUGAGUAUGUGACACACUAAAAUAAUCUGACAUCAUGUAGUCGAACUCUUUAGCACAGCUCACAUUGCAUUACAUGUAUAAAGGUAUAAUGUUGAACGGGCAAACAUACAAUAAGUGCUUUUGUACAGUGGUACUUUCAUGGUGCAAUAUGUAGUAACUUGUGUAACGUGAGCUUACUGUAUUCUAUGUCUGUAUGAUCUAUUAAAUACAAAAACAAAAUAGGACAACAAACUUAAUGGUCAACCUCUGAAUCUUUCACAUUUAAUUUUUGUAUCAGAAGUCACAACAUUCUUUAGGAACUGCUGCACUAUUGUAAAAUGAGUUUUAAUUUAUGAAGCAGGUCAACCUUCAGUAAAUGUACUCUGAAAGAACGUCUGUGUUGACAUCUUAAUUGAUAUGAUCAUGUGAUCAAGUGGAACUGUAUGUUUGAUGACUAUGUUAAUGAGUUAAAGGCCUGCUUUAUGUCAUUAUGAUGCCUGCUCCACACUUGUCAGCUAUUAACUAACUUGCUAAUAUCUCACUUCAAUUGAUAUGUCAGGUAGCUCAUUUCUACAACAAAUCACAGACAGUAGAGCAGCACCACUCUGUCAGUAUGAUUUUCUUGUCUGAGUCACUUUAUGGAGCAGUAAAUUGCUUGAAUGCAUUAACUGCAGUGCAGUUUAUGGAUAUUGCAUGUUGGAGAUUUGUUGAUUUUGCUGACUCAGUGGCUGAGUCAAAGAGACAAACGGUGAAUCAAUCAGGGCAUGGGUCCCUACCCCCCACUAUGGAUCACCGAAGCUUUAGGGUGAUUGCAUGGCCUUCUUCAUUUUAAGGAGUGUAAGAAAACUUAUAAAUACCUAUCUCAGCAUUUAUUCACAGAGCCCUGACCCUCUGCUAAACAGCCUCAUCCUGCAUUAGACAAGUUAAAAGAGUUAAAACAAAAAAGAAAACUACUAAUUUUGUCAAAAAGAAGCCUAUUAAGUAUGUAUGAGUGUUUGAAAAAUAAAAUAAAACAGAAUACAGAUGGAGAAUUGUAGAAAAAGUUCCUAAAAAUAUCAGGAAAACUCAUCUCUGAUGCAAUAAUCAAGGGAAAUAAUCAGCUUAAGAUUAAUCCAAAUUGCUCAUUUUACACAAACAUCCUGCAGUUACCACAUUCACUAUUUCAGUUAACUGUACCAUCUAUCAGCUGUUUUGUAAUGUUGUUGUUAUGCAUUUAAUAUAGUAUGAAAAAUCCAUCAAAUGUGUCACUUAGUCAGGGGUCAUCAGUUUACUCAAUGAUAGAAAAGGGGUGGCUCAAAGAAAAAGGUUGGAGAACAGCUGCAUUAAGGGACAAAGUUACAGGGACAGUGUGCAUUAAUAAACAUUCCUGUAGGUGUGCAAGUUUUGCCAUCUUGGCAAAUUUUCAACUGCAGUCCCUGGGCAGGUGUGAAAGGCAGGUGAAAUACAUUAAGAGGAACAGCAUGCUGUAUGGUUCUUGAAUGUGUUACUCCCCAGCAGAGAAAGUGAUGUGCAGCAGCAUUAGUCACACUAUUGGAGUCAGCUUUAGUAAACAGAACUGUGUUUUGCACAUGAGAAUAGGGUGGAGUAUUCUGCAGAUUAUUUCUUGCUUUUGUUGUCACUGACAUGUUCUCAUGGCUGGUGAUUAUUGCUAACAGCUCUUAACUGUCUCCCUGACAUCAUUACAUCCAGCACACACACACUGGAGACUGCAGUGACAGACAAUGUACUUUGUUAUGUCAUCCCAUUUAUGUCACACAUUUUCAAUUCAAGAGUGUUCAGCCGUUCUAAUCCACAAAAUGGCUUCGAAAGGGUGGUACAUUUGCUUCAAGCCCCAAACCCUGUUAAUAUUCCAGAGAGUAGACUUUUCUACAGGGUGUUCAGAAGUGUGGCUUUUAUUUUUAUCUCAUCAUUUCUCUCUGAUACUGAGACAGUGUGAACAUGGCAGCAAAACAGGAAUGUUGACUGAAGUGGACCCACUGCCUGAACAGAAAUAUGGAUGAUUGGAAUUAAUUUGUCAGUGUUUCAUAUUAAACUUCAAUAAGACACAACGACAAACAGGAAUCUAUAAAUUACAGUGUAGUAAUCAUGUGGAACUGGGCAAAUUGUAAAUGAAUUACUGGUCUGUGUUUUCUCAUUGCUCAACCAAAUUGCAUUACAUAAUCAGACUGUUACUAUCUUUGCCUUCUAUAUCUGUAUAAUUGGCUUUACUUACAAGGGUCUCUUUGUGUAUGAAAAUUAAAGAUUGACAAUCUUCACACA